AUGUACUGCCAACGCUUGCUCACUCCAGCUGCACGUACAGCUUUGUCUCCGUUACUUCGGUCACGAAUUGGCGCCUAUGUGCGAUGUUUGCAAACGUCAGCGGUGCAGCGUGAUAUUGAUAGUGCGGCGAAGUAUGUUGGCGCUGGCGCAGCUACGGUUGGCGUGGCGGGCUCAGGUGCCGGAAUUGGCAAUGUGUUUGGUUCGCUAGUUAUUGGCUAUGCUCGUAAUCCGUCGGCGAAGAAUCAGCUUUUCUCGUACGCCAUUCUUGGCUUCGCGCUUUCCGAGGCUAUGGGCCUGUUUUGUCUUUGCAUGGGUUUCUGUAUACUGUUCGCAUUUUGA